GGCAUACAGUACAAGACCGCAGUACAGAAAGCACAUCUCAAGCCUUCUGGUUAGCUAACGCGAGCGAAUUGCUACAUUUCUUGAAAUCCGACCGACACGUUAGCGCUUUCUCCUUGCAAGCACAAGACACCCUCGCCGAUGCUGUCCAACUUGCCUUCAAGAAUCUUGUUGCCUGUUUGACAGACGAACUAAACUCAGCGUUGACUUACUUGAUGUCAGUAACAGGAGAUGACCAUCCCAGAGAGGUCAUCAACGUCUUAAGCGGUGCUAUGAAUCUGUUAAGGAAAUGUAGAGUCAAUGCUGCGUUGACCAUACAAUUGUUUUCCCAGUUGUUCCAUUGGGUAUCGGCAAAGGCUUUAUCUAACGUCAUCAGCAAUGCCAAUCUCUGCACACGAAGUUUUGGGCAAAAGUUAUUUAACAGGUUGAGAAAUCUUCAAGCGUGGACGGAGUCUCAAGGACUGGAAUUGGCGGCCGAAUGCCAUCUGGCAAAAAUAGUACAAUGUGCUCAUCUACUCCAAGCGCCAAAGUACGCCCCGGAAGAUCUAGCCAAUCUUUCAGCGGUGUGUUUUAAGUUGAAUUCCAUGCAGUUGGGAGCUCUCUUACUGCAGUACAAAGCGGAACCCGGGGAAAAAAUCGCGUCUCCGUCCCUUUUGGAACAAGCCGCCAAGGCAGCAGAAAGCGUGGCAGACGAAUUGGCUAGAGCAGAAGGACGGGAGGUGACGCUGUACGAAGAUCCUGCUCCAACCUUGCAAUUACUACUUCCUGAUGACGGUUUUAGUUGUGAUGUUGUUCAAGGUGUGCCGCCUGGCUUAGCUGAUUUCUUACAUCCCCUCCAAGCUUCGGGACUAUGCAGACUGGCAGCCCAACCAACUAGCUCGGGCCAUUGGACUGUUUAUAUGACAGCGCCAAGACCCCCAAGCGCUUUAAGUACGACUCAGCCAGAGGUUCAAGUGAUCAGGCUACAUAAAGCUGGUGGCGGUAUGGGCUUGUCGAUAGUGGCGGCGAAAGGAGCAGGCCAAGAACGACUAGGAAUUUAUAUCAAAUCGGUGGUACCUGGCGGUGCUGCUGAUAGAGACGGCCGUUUAGCCGCUGGCGAUCAACUGCUCUCGGUUGACGGACAGUCUUUGCUUGGAAUUACACAAGAAAAAGCCGCUGAGUUCCUUCAGAGGACCAGUAGCAUUGUCACGUUGGAGGUGGCAAAGGCCGGAGCGGUUUAUCAUGGUCUAGCUACGUUGUUGCAACAGCCGAGCCCAACACCACAUCGAGGUCCAAGACGGAUGUCAGAGCGCGACCUGCCAUCUAGGGUAGAUUCUGAACGUUCUAUCCCCUCUUCCAAAUCAGUUCCCGCCCUUCACCAAAUCCAUUCCCCCCUCGUUAAUGAUCAACAACCUUCAAGGCCAAAUCAGGCUUCAGCUUCAGAUGUAUACAGUCGAACUUCCUCAAACAACAGCAUCAACAAUAAUCAAAAUGGACAAGUAUUAAUGAAUGGAGGAUCAGUGGCUGCCAAUACAGCCUUGAGGAGUAGAUCCACACACAAUUUGCAUCAACAAGAUGGAGGGUUUUAUCAGAACUUAAGUGUUUACAGGAAUAAAAUUCCCAGUCCUCAACAAUUGGGAGAUAGAACUUCAGCUCUUCGCAGCUCACAAAACUCACUUCACUCAUCCAUCGCCAACUCUCAGCGCCCUUCUUCGGCAUAUUAUCCUCCAGCCUCCUCUAUAACUUCCCGUCCUAACAACCUCCAUCAGUCUAUACCUAACCUCAAAAACCCACCUAAUAUGUACAGACUUCAAAAUGAGGAAACUUCCAGAACAGGAUCGUUCCCAAAUGUCCAGUACAGUCCAAACUACUUCCCCGCGUAUUCAAAAAAUAGUUAUCCCAGCCCUGAAGAUACUAAGGUAUCUUAUAACAACACUUACAUGGGGCAAAAUCAGUCUUAUCCGAGUCCCACAAGCAGUUCUACACAAGGUUAUCCGAACACCGUUCAGCAACCUCUGCAUGUUAACCAUAACUUACGACAAGAAGAAAGAAAUCAAGAUGUAAGAUACAACAAUGGAGGUUUAUUGCUACGAGAAGACGUUUUUAGACAGUCGCAAAAUAGACACGAGGAGAUGAUGAGGUACCCAAGUCAAGGUAACAUUCGUAUAUCGGAAGCGCAAAUUCAAAAUAGCGACUUAUCCCGUUAUAACGAAAUGCGUAGCUCUAAAAGCGAAGAUCUACUCAAACAACACGCACAACCGUCAGAGCUAACCAGGUAUGCUAGUAGUGGCAAUAUUCGAGAAAGCAAACAAAUUGACCUUCCUCAUUUACGACAAAAUCAAGAACAACUAACUCAACACAGACUCAGCAACGAAGAGAGAAACGCUCGAGGUACUGCUAAACUAGCGGAAAUGUCAGAAGAAAUCAGAAGGCGGCAGAAUCCUCAACGUGUGCAGCAUUCUCAACAGCCAUCUCAACAAACCACUUAUUAUCAACAGCAGCAAUUGCAGCAGCAGCAGCAGCAGCAACAGCAGCAGCUACAGCAGCAGCAACAGCAGCAGCUACAGCAGCAGCAACAGCAGCAGCUACAGCAGCAGCAACAAAAUCAACAGCAUUAUUACAACCACCACGCGAUGGCUCAGACUACACAGAGUAUGCAGAAUUUGAGUAUCAAUCCUCAGUAUGUGCACCAGCCUUAUGGUCAAACGAAUCCUUUGUCACCUAGUUACAACAAAAUCCCGCCUGUUGUACCUAAACCCUUAAGAAAGGAUGAAGUUCCACCUGAACUACCUCCAUCUUCUACUCACCCUCUAUACUUAGCGAGUAGUCAAGACCCACCAAAAAUGGCUUUUUAUCCUACUUCUGGACCAUCUUCUUCAAAACCGCCUAGAGACCCGUGGGCGAGAGAGGAACAAGAGAGGCAACAGGAAGCGAGAAGGGAGGCCGCCAGACAAUGGCAGGAGCAUCAGAUCAGGGACCUAUUGGCGCUACCUUACCGAACAGCACAACAAGAAGAACAGCUUAGAGUGCUCCAGUUGGAGAGAGAGUUCCAAAGAAGAGCCAUGGAAGCAGCAGAGGAAGGAGAUGAGGAUACCGAGAAGGAGAGUCCAACUCCUCAAGGCUCACCUCAACUGAUACCUCCACAAUCAAUCAGCAACUUAGCUACAACGCCAGCAUCAAUUCCCAGCAAAUCAGAACCGCAGCAAAUUCCUCCGCCGUCUAUUUUAAAACCGAAUUCCAAUAACAAUGUCCUACAGUCUUCCCCGCCGGAAGCGACAGUUGCGCCGCCACCGCCAGAGAGAGGUUCUAGUUUUACGAUAAUGUCUAUGAGGGCAAAGGAAACUACCAAGAGAGUAUCGUUCAAUGAUGCAUCAGCCGCUGCAGCAGCUGCUUCAAUAACGCCGGUUCAACCUCCCAAUACUUUGCAGAUUGAAGAAACUAUUAGAGAAGAUCCCAAUAGUUUUAUUCGGCAAGCCGAAUCGAUGUUGGCAUCUCCUACAACGCCAACGGAUGCUUCACCAGGCGUGUCCAAUGCGACCCCGGGAGUUAUCGGUGCCCAAGAGGUGUACAGAGAUCCCAGAGCCCGAAGAUUAGCUGAACAGGCACAAAGAAAGGACCAAAACCUCAACACAGCAGUGCCAGAGAAACUUUCGUUCAAAGAAAAAAUGAAAAUGUUUGCCAUGGAGACUGGUGAAAAAGAAACACCUAAGGAUAAGAGUAAAAUCAGUAGAGCGCAGAGAGAUAUUGACGGUUUGGGUUCUCCCAGUUUGGUUCAUUAGACCUUGUUUGAUUGGUUAUAUUUAAAAGGCUUUUAGGCCUCUCACACAUGAUGAUGAUCUUGAAUGAAAAUAGAACGUGAUCGAGUAUUAAAAGCAAAGUAGUGGAAACAAAGUUGAUUAGUUUUUAUUGUAUUUUUUAUGGUCUCCAUCAAGUGUGGUAAGCUUUUGGCCAGCGUAAUAAAUACUGGUCUAUAAAUAUACAAGAACUUCCCAGGCUAUCUAUCUCAUAUUGAUAUGAUAAAUGAAUAACUAAAUUGACUAAUAGCAUGUCAAGUAACUUCGAAUAAAUUUCAAUGGUGAUUAUCAAAUACUUCAAUGGUUAACUGCUUAUUUUUAUGUAUAAAGCACUUUGUCGAAGGAUUUAGGGCCUCUAAUGACGUAAUUUUGAUGACAUGAAUUGUGGACAAAAGUUAUAUUUGGGGCGACUAAUGGUUGACAAAGAGUUCUCAGGGAUAGUCGAAUUUUAUGAGAUAGUAUUAGUUAUUCUCACUGUCCGGGGUAAGAGUCUGUUUUUUAUCUUGUUCCGAUCCAGAAGAUCAUUUCUAAAAGAAAACAUUUUUCCAGCGUUAAAUACACACAGAUCUACAUUCAAUCAACUACCUUCUUGUUAACUUCCAUUUAUAGUACUCGAUCAACUUUUAAUCGACCGUAUUCUACCAUCUUUUUAUUAGCUAUUCUUAGAUCAACAUUUUCUACCAUUUAUUUUUUUCCUUUUUGGUUGUAUCCUAUAUUUCUGUGUUAUAUUUUACACAGUUUUUUUUUUUCAUUCUAGGUUCGUACUUUAAAGUUUAAAUUAAUUCAGUGCUUUCAUUUACUUAAUUUUGCAUGUUUUUAGCUCAAAAAAUUAUUUCUAAAAUCAAGAAGUUUAGUAACACUCUAGUAUACCGAUUUUUUUAAUUUUCAUUUGUUACCUAUAUUAUUAUUUACAGUUCAUCAUUAAUUGUAUGUAGUUUGUGUAUAUCGUUACAUUUCCCUCCGCCCGUUUUGGAAUUGGUUAAAAGAAUUAUGGGACUAUUUGUUUGAAGUUUUAAGUAUAAAAAAAUAUAUAUUAUAAAUUAAACUAUAUUGUAAGUAAUUUUUAAUAUGCAUAUCUACCUGUUAGCAUACUCUGUACCGUCCAAUAUGCAGCUAUAGUGAAUAUACAACGACCAAAACCUUACACAGAAUGUUUAAUUGCACUUUAUGAAAAAUAAAUCGCUUGGUGUAACAUAUGUAACAUUUUGGCAAGCAAGGAAGCAAGCCGUAGUUUAAACUAGCCUGAGAGACCCUUUUAGUAUGACAUUAGGUUAGUUAGUAGUUAACCCGCUUAAACAAAAAUCACUCCACUCCAAUGCUCCAGAUCAUCUCCAGAUCACUUUCCCCCGAUAGCUCUCUGAUGCGCUAUAGAAGCUGUCUUAUCAGCAAUUUUCAUAGCGGUUUUCAUAGCGAGUUUGAUUCUUCUUCCUGUGAGUCCUCUUAUUGCGGCUCUGGCCGUUGCGGUUUUCUGGACUGUCGAUAUGAGUGAAUUUUCUAUAAUCUUCAGGGUAUUAUGUUUGAAUGAGAGUUUCCCUUCCAUCUUUGGAAAUUUUAUUGACUCUGUAUACCCUUUUGAGUUUCAGCAAUUCCCAUCAUUGCUCCUGUUUCGUUCACUGUUUAUAUUUUUUUUACUAGUGGUUAUGGACUUGUUGAUGUUGGUUUCUUUUUUCUUUUCUCUGUUGGUCUCUUCACUAUCCUUAUUUGGUAGGAGAGAAAAGUCUUCUCUGUUUUGUGCCUUGGAUGUUGAUGACUCAGUUUUUUCGUCCUUGACCUUUUUUAACAGGGAAGGGAAAUCUUCAUUAAUUUUUGUUUUGGUUGUAUUCUCUGUAUUUGUGUUGUUCUUAUUAGUAUCUUCCAUUUUUUUCUUUGUUAUUGUCCCCACUGGAUUUUUUUUUCAUUUAUUUGUUUUUCGGAUAUCUUGUUUUGGUUUUUAAAUUCGUCGAAUAUUUUAUCUAUAGCUUUCGAUAGUUUUUUCGUUCGACUUGGAGCGCUACGCCACUGCAUUGCGGCUGUUCGGUUAAAGCCAAUUUAAUGUUUUCCAGUUUAUCACACUAAAUAUUUAUGUAGUUAGUCCAAUCGUCAGAGUGUUGACCCUACAAAUCAUACGAACAAGCUGAAUUUUACACAGAAUAUUAAUUUUGGGACCACAAAAAGAUGCAAAAAAGUUUAAAGUGACCGUCGAUUUUGAAUGUCAGUUAUGCACGCGAAAUCAAUGUUAUACAAUUUGUAUUAGCUCGACGUUAUAAAUUCGAUAUCUUUUGAUUUAAGUGUCCUAUCGACAAAUAAUGUCAAGAUGUGUUUUAAAGGUAAAGAGUGAAGCUUUCGUAAGCAAUUUUUCUAUUUUGCCGAGAAUAAAUUCAGUUUAUAUAAAGGUGUUAUAUAAAUAAACUUGGUGCGAUUUUUGCCAUUUUUUACGAUUAUCGUGAGAUCAAUAAAAUUGAUCACUUUUAUUGACAAGUUCUUGUAAAAUUUUCAUUUUUAGAGAUCAAGAAGAAAUUUUAAAUUGCCAAGUUGUGGCAACAAAUAUGAGGCAUUUGAAAUAUGAAUAAAAAACGCAGAAUUUAACAUUACAAACGAUCACACGUCACGGGAAAUGCAUUUAAGAAGACGGUUUUGGGUGUAUUUUAUUACAGAAGUUUGAAAAGCGUACUGGAGUAGUUGAAAAAAGUUUUAAAUGUUUUGGAUCAUUUGUUAUGUGAAAGUUUAAAUCCAGCCUCACGUAAAUGCUCACAUUUGUUGUCAAAUCUCAAAACAAAUUUCAUGCAAUAGGUUUUAAAGGUUAGGCUCUAGUAAUCGAAACUUUCCCAGUGGCCAGUCAGUUAAACAAAGGGAUAUAUUGAAAGAUUGUAUUGAUCUCGUGAGGAUCACAAAAUGGCAAAAAUUUCGCCACGUUUAUUUAUUUAGCAGCUGUAUAAAAUCUGAGUUUAUUUUCGGCAAAAUACAAAAAACAACAUACGAAAGCUGAACUCUCUACCUUUAAAACCGAGGGGGGUUUUAGGGAGAAACCCGAGGGUAGACGUAGUAACCUUUUUGUAUCUUUUUUGGGGUCCCAAAAUUAAUAUUUUCGACAAAAAUUCAGCUUGUAUGUUUUUUUUAGAGGUUCAGUGGCAUUUUCGUCUCUGAGGACUGGUGUAAGUAUAAAAAUUAUAUAAUUGUUGUUACUCUUGAAAAUUAAUAAUUUAUCAGAGGCGAUCAAAUAGUGUGUAUUUAAAUUUUGAAAGAUUUUUUUGCUUCACGUCUCUGUAGCACUAUUAAUCUAUGACAACUUCUAUAAUCUAUAGAAUCAAUUAUUGAUGGUUCUUUUUGUUUGUCUAUUCUUUAUGGUCCAAUGUUCAAUCGUUGUUCUACCAAUCGUCUAUCAGUCCGAAAAAUUAAUGUAUAGAAAAUCUAAUAAUUUUGAAAUUCAAUAACUUUUGGAAUAGACGAAUUUUUGCAAAGCAGUAAAAUGUUACAUUAUUGUAUCUGUAUUGCAAAAUUAACACGGUCAAAGCGGUUAUGUUUUUUUUAAAGAUUUUUAGUAGUCUAAACAUUCUGUAUUUUUAUUGAAUAUAUUAAUGAGUAUCUACAUAUUAAAUUAUACAAGCAGUCUUCUAGCCAUAAAAAAAUUAAAAUGAACUAGCAAUGAAAUUGAAGCAGUCUAACUUGCCAUUGGUUAUAUUAGUGGUUAUGAAAUAAUUAUUGCGAAUGAAAUCCCUACACUGUUUGUGUAUUAGAAAUUUUUAAUUAUAUAUUGUAAUAUAUAUCAUAGAAUCCCUAUUUUUUGUCAAUUUAUAUAUAAAAGUAUUCCUCGUAGAGUUUAGAAUAUUUCGGAUAUUUUAAAUUUUUUCGGAGCAAUAUUACAUAAGUAUAAAAAUAAUAGCACACACGGACCAAACAAUAUAUUGUACUAUAUUUUUCCAAUGUUACUGGGAUGUAUUUGAUUGCGAAACGUUUUAAGACUUAUUUUUCAUCAUUAUGCUUCGUGCUUUACGAAAUUUUUUAUGCAAAAUUCGCCUCUUAUCUUUCAGUUUUUUUUAAUAUGCUUCUUAUUUCUAAGGUCUUUUUCGACUGUCUUAAAAUGUUUUCAGAUAUACAAAUGUGCAGCUCGGUUAGUAUAUCAUACACGCAUUCCAUGGAUCCAAUUUUAAAAAUAUUGUAUAGAUUUUAGUCAUGAUAAAAUAUUAUAUGAAAUGGGCAUGCUGAACCCUACAAUUUUAUUUGUUGUGAUAUAUUUUUAGAAUAUUUAAGUUACUUAUUGAUUAAGUUUGGCCAUUGAAUAUAUUUAUGACAAAUUUAACUUUCACUAUUCAAUAUCUUUAGACAAAAAAAUAGUCUUCACGAAGCGUGUAAACAACAUUAUUUCAAAAUGUAUGUUUCAAUAGAGAAAAAAUUUAACAAAAAAACAAAGCAAGCACCAAUAAUACAACAUAAUAGGGAUUCAAAUUAAACUAAAAUAUUCCUUCUGGACUUAUAGGUGAUAUUUCUUUCAAAAGGUAGCUACAAAAUAAAAUGUGCAGGGUUCAUCAUACCUCGCUUUCGAUGUCAAUCUGAGCAAUAUGUAUGUAAUUAGUUGAGAAUAUUCUCUAGAACUAGUUUGUAUAUAAACUUGUAAAGGUAGAUUUAUCAUUUUAUAGUUUAUAAUACAAAAAUAUCGUCUGUUUUAAUAAAUUAUGUGUUAUCUGAAAUUAAAUUUAUAUUAAAAUAAUCCGUAAUUUCAGAUAAUUUUCUUUAUUUUGUAAUAUAAAGAGUUAUUCAAUAAAUAUAUCUCAUUA